AUGAGAAGGCUGAUGUUCGCAUGCAGUCGUGUGCACUCACACACUCAGGCUCGUCAACGACUGGGUUCAAUUCGCGGGUGCAACACCCUGCCGCCAGCAGAACCUGACAAAGCAAACGCAAGCCGAGUGAUAACAAGCCACCAAUUUAUUCGCUUAUUCAUCCGCUUGUACACGGAUCGAUCGGUUAUUUCACUCAUUCGGGGUCAUUUACAUAGUCAUUCCGUCGGUGGUUCAGCCUUCAACACUGACCUAAUUGCGGACUUAGCCGCUGUUGCAGGCACUAAGCACUUCGUUCUCUGCGGUCUGCCAAGGUACUCAGUUAUAACCUCCGUCCAUGAUGAACCGAGAAUGCAAAAGCCCCUUUCAUGCCGCCACUAUUCGAACGGGAAGAAAGAGGAGUUGCGCAAGUCAUUCGAAUCGGAUAUUCCGCCAGCGGCCAAGCAUUCAAGGUCGUAUGAAAACUGCUUUCAAAAAGUUCAAGAACCCAUAUAUCCCGAUUUGACUCACUGGUUAGCCUUUGACCUAGUUACCGCUGGACGACAAGAUAUCGAACUUGGUCGUGAUCAGACGCCUAUUGUAAAGAUGUCAGCCGUUCUGGGCUCUAUAUCCGACAACAAGGUUGUUGACCGAUUAACGAUCAACCUUCAGUCGAAAAGCUUCCUCCACGAUGUCUUGGGCCCAUUGGAGCUAUCAACUUCGUUAUCUUCGUCACCACCGCUAAUCCUUGCAGCUGAGAAUCAAGAGGGUGACUCUCGGAUGCGCAACCAGUGGUCAGCGAGCGGAGAGGAGGUACACACAGUAUUUACCGACCCCAAUGCUUGCAUGCAAGGCGAUGUUUCCUUUCCACUGGAUACUGUGGAUGUGUAUGACAUGAAAGAAAAGCCAUCAAGAUCCAACGCCUUUUCUCCAGGGCUGGCCGAAGCUAUGAAUUUGAUGACCCACUGGUUAAGAGAACACGGUGUCCCACUCGACCGAGAGUCCGAAAACAGCCACUGCGUGAUAAUUACUGAUGGACAUGUGCCAAUGAGAAAUGUGUUACACCCUCAAGCUGCCUAUUUGAACGUGGACCGGUCAGUUGUACAACAACCUCUCUGGCACUCAUACGUCAAUGUUCUGGAUUGGUGUGCAAAAGACGUGAACAUUUUGCACCUCGACAACAAUAAUCCGAGGCUUCCCAGUGGCGUCAAAGAAGCCUGUGCAAAUUUGGGUCUCCCUUCGGUAGAUCCUGAUGAUGAAACUAUAUCCAGAGUGGAACGGAUCGCCUCCAUCGUACAAGCACUCAUCUCCAGAGAUGUGCCAAUGUGCGAGCGGCAGCUAAUCCGAACGGGAUACCAACACAAAGUGUUCCCUCGUUCGAUUCACAUGGAAGAUAGCUGCGUAGUUGAAGUCCGCCAAGUCCCCUGGAGUGCCACUCCUGCCAUAUUGGCAAGUUUCUUCUCAGGGUUAAACAUCAUUCCUGGAGGCGUGGCGAUUCGACUGACGGAAGGACGCCGUAGCAAUACGGCAAUUAUUGCAUUUGAAUCCCAGUGCAACGCGCAACUCGCAUUAGCACGUCACCAACAUCAGCUGUGUGGAGGCCUGCUUCUAGCAACCGGACAAGAAGCUUCCCCACUGUCGGACCGAGGAGGAAGGGAUGGUCAAACCCAACCAGUGAACAAACCGGUUAUGCUGCAGGUCUACUCAGCUUCCGCACGUGAAUUCCUCCAAUGCGCAGGAUGUGACCAGGCACCUGUGGCAGAUUUCUUAAACCAACUUACUAACGGAGAACAAGUGGUGGUAAGAAUUCGUGGUCUGCCGUACACAGCAACAAAGCAACAGAUUAUGGGGUUUUUUGACGCAGUGCAAGUGAAGGUUUUCCUGCAAGAAAACGGCAUCUAUCUGGUCGCCUAUCCUGAAGGACGUCCGACCGGCGACGCUUUCGUCCUGUUUAACGAUGACCUGACUGCCACGAAGGCACUCAAGCGUCACAAGGACUAUCUCGGUGACCGCUACGUUGAACUGUUCAAGGCUUCUCCGUCUGAAAUGGUUCAAGUUUGCUUUAACGUGGCUCAGCAGUCUCAAGGAUCUAAUACUACAAACAAAAGUGGUAGCCUCUCAGCCGACAUCCAGAACCGUUCACGUACUUCAGUUAAUUCAACGAUGGCAGACUGGCCAUGCUGGGCUCAUUAUUUGCUCCAGGCGCAAAGUUUGGCUACUCCGUGGAAAUCACUUCUCAGCGUCCAUCGACAAUCCCCAGCUCCCUCGGUGUUGGCCCAAAAUACGGUACCUCAUUUGGGACUCCCUCCAACUUUUUUACCAAUUGGAUCAAGUUGGACAGAUUCGUUUUCGGUGGGAAGCAUGUUUGGAAUGAAUCUGCCUUCGAUCAUGCAACCGCAGGUGGUACUCUCUGGCAGCAGCAGAAUGCCCAGUUUAUCACCAGCUGCAAUCAGUAAUAGACCCUUACUUGAACCUGUCACCCAAGACCUAAAAGAUCCAACGGACCCAGACUGUCCAUAUGCCCGCCAGCUACCACCCGGUGGGGUCACUGGGCUGGUACAGAUGAGUGGAUUGCCAUUAGAAACCUCCAGGCACGACAUCCGACUGUAUCUCGGCCCUGUCAACAUGUCCAAAGUAUACCGAAUGCGACAAAUGGCUCCCAAAACGAACCAAUCAACAUCAACCUGGCUAAUAUCUGUCAUUCACACUAUGGACGGUUUGCAACUGAUCAGAGACCUCGUUCACAGGCCCUUCAGGUUGAUAAAUCCUCUUUCCACGGACACAGAAAGGGUACUCCAAAAUGUGCCCACCUUCGCAUUGUAUCACAUUGGACCGGAUAAAACUCCUGUUUCUAUUCCACUUCAUGAAACAUUUAUGGGAAUUCCAUGGAACCGAAUAUAUGGUACUUACCCAGAGACGCAGUCUCCAGAUUUGUGGCUAACUGCCUCAGUUUCCAACCGCACUUCAAGCACAAUUGACCCUGGAAAUACUUUCGGAUUGUCACCGGACGAGAAGACUCCUGAAGCGCAUUCGAACAGCGUCGGCCAGGCGACUAACCAUCUUAAACAGAAUCAGCUGUUACGAGCUAUUAUGGCCCAAACACCACUGCUCCAUGACCCGUUCUCAGUGGGGAAGUCACAACCGCCGUGUGCUCCGUCCAAUAUUGCACAAUUGCCGUUACAAACACCUGCACUGCAUGGAUUCGAUUCACCUACAGAUGUAAUGUACCAGCUGCAACAAGCACACAGUAGCACGAGUCUUGCGCUUCCUGAUGUUCCCAACUUCACCAGAAUUCAUUCUGCUUUACCAAUGUCCUGUGGAACACCUGGUGCUGCAUCCAACAUUGUGUUGCUGGCUGGUGUUCCCCUGGAUGCGACAACGGAGGAACUUACAACAUUAUUACGGCCCGUCAGCCGACUACUAACAUCUCCGCCUCAGUUCACAUUAUACCAGUUGCAGCCGAACGGCACAGCCACCUUCCUGGCUACUUUUAGCACUGCCCUGGAGGCACAUGCAGUUGCGUUAUAUUGUUCCAAUGGCAUACUGCGGAAUCGGCCUUGCACAGCCCACCUCGCACCUCUUCCAAUAGGCGCCAUUACUCAGGUGGACCAGUUGCUGGAGCCAUUGACAACAGAGUGUAGGGCCCUAACGGCCAUGACAAAUCUUCUGUUCCCCCAACCCUUGUUGUCCAACGCCAACCUCCCACCGUGA